AUGGGCAAGAUCAUCUUCUACGAGGACAGGAACUUCCAGGGGCGCAACUAUGACUGCAUGAGCGACUGCUCUGAUAUCUCCUCUUACCUGAGCCGCGUUGGUUCAAUCAGGGUGGAGAGUGGUUGUUUCAUGGUCUAUGAGCGCAAUGGCUUCACGGGAAACCAGUUCUUCCUGAGGAGGGGCGAGUACCAUGACAUACAGCGCAUGAUGAGUAUGGGCAUGAUGUUCGACACUAUCAGAUCCUGCCGCAUGAUUCCUCCAUACAGAGGAUCCUUCAGAAUGAGGAUCUACGAGAGGGACAACUUCGGAGGACAGAUGUAUGAGUUGAUGGAUGACUGUGACAACAUCAUGGAACGUUUCCGUAUGACUGACUGCCAGUCCUGCCAUGUGAUGGAUGGCCACUGGCUCAUGUAUGAGCAGCCCCACUACAGAGGCAGGAUGGUCUACUUCAGACCUGGAGAGUACAGGAGCUUCAGAGAUAUGGGAUACAGCAACAUGAGAUUCGUGAGCAUGAGGCGUAUCACUGAUAUGUGUUAA